AUGUCUCUCCUCGAAUUCACGCGUUUUAUGAACGAUGCCGCCGCAUUGGAGAAAACCCUGCGGCUGCUGCAGGGCUUCGCCCAAUUGAGCAUCAGCAUUUUUGCCUCGGUCCAAACCGAGGAAGCUGCUCAAGUAGUCGAUAUCAGCGGUGCCCUCCGCAAGAACUUUGCUCUGGGCCGCCGCUACUUUCGCAUCUUCAAGUGGAUCGACUGUGCCCUCAUUGCAUCUGAUGCACUGCGCAACAAUGAGGCCCUGGUUAAUAGCGAGCGUGAGGGUGUGCUUUCCUUGCUAAACAUCGCCAAGUGGUCAUACUUGGGAAUGUUUCUGCUCACCGAGUCCGUCACCAUAGUUGAUGCUUUGGGCGUGAAGAAGUCUUCAUGGGCUCCCUUAUUCUUUGUCGAGUCAAUGCGUUUCUGGUUCUAUUCCAUCGCAUGCUCUAUCAUUCUCACCUGUUAUGACCUCUACACCACUCGAAACAAGAUCAUUCGCCUUCAGGCAGAGCUUGGUGCAGCGAAAGUCACAGCAAAGAAUGACGCCUCUGCCGCCACAAAAGGAGAUGCUAAAACUAAAGAGCAAUCAAAGGAGAAGCCUGAGCCUCAGCCAAAGAAGACUCCGGUGCAAGAGAAGGAACGUGCCCUCGAAAAGGCUAGGAAGACGCAGCACACACUGCUGCGUCAACUUACACUACCGCAAUCCCCACAAAGUCUGUAG